CACUAUUUAUAUAGAUUUCGUAUCUUACUUCCCCCACACACCUCCAUCCAUAAAUACCACAACAACAACCAAAGCAAACCUCACACAUUUUCCUCUCUCUCUCUCUCUCUCUCUCUCUCUCUCUGUGUGCCUUCCUCGAACCAGCAAAGAUCUACUCCACAAUCUUGACACGCGGUUUCGCAGCGUAAAAUCCGGCCACACAUGGUAAUGGCGAGAACGACCGGCGGCGAGUACGUGCGGCGAAAGUCUCCCGAGACGGUGGAGGAACGAGAUCGUCCGACGUCGUUGGGUUCGCGGGAACUCCAUGUCCUGGCCGUGGAUGAUAGCCACGUGGACAGGAAGGUGAUCGAGCGGUUGCUGAAGAUCUCUUCCUGCAGAGUUACGGCCGUAGAGAGUGCGGGGAGAGCCUUGCAGUAUCUUGGGUUGGACGGAGACAAGAGCGCCGUUGGAUUCGAUGUGAAUCUAAUUAUGACGGAUUAUUCGAUGCCUGGGAUGACAGGAUAUGAACUGCUCAAGAAGAUUAAGGAAUCAUCAACUUUGAGAGAAAUACCCGUGGUGAUCAUGUCAUCCGAAAAUAUUCUAGCUCGCAUCGAUAGAUGUUUGGAGGAAGGAGCAGAGGACUUUCUCCUGAAACCAGUAAAGCUAUCAGAUGUGAAACGCCUGAAAGAUUUUGUAUUGAAAGGCCAAGGAGAGGAAGAUGGAAGGGAUAAAGGAAGCUGCAAAAGAAUGAUACAACAAGAUUACAUGCCACCGCCACCGCCAUGUGAUCAAUCAUCAACACCCAUCCCAUGCCCAUCACCACCAUUAAUACAGCCUCCUCUAAAGAGGCCUAGAUUGCAUAAUGUAGAUUGAUGACUUAACUCUUAUUCCUUAUCGGCUGGCAGUAUUCUUACCAUUCGUUUGCCCGUAUCUACAAGCGUGUUCUCUUUUGGAUGGAGGUGGCAUAUGUUAUUUCAGUUUCCACUAUUACGCGGUUGUAUAUAAAGUAGCUGUCAAAAUUUGUAGAUGAUUCUCGAAGCUACUUUUUUUUGUACGCUUGACAUGAAAUUUCAGGAAAUAUAAUGCAAGUCGCAGAUUUUUGAGAUGUUCA